AGAUCUGGGUUCUCUCUCAAACUUCAUCUUCUUCCUCCUUUCCUUCUACCUUUCCCUACUCAUCAUUCUUCUUUCUUCUUCUUAUUCUUUCUCUCUCUCUCUUCUCCCUUCUUCUUCCUCCUCUCUCAAACCUAGAUCUGGGUUUUAGAAAAGCUGCUCCCUUCUUCGGCUUGCUUUUCAAAACGACACCAAAGUCUUCACCUGGCGAUGCUUGCUUUCCCUGUAGCAGUAGUAGAGAGUGAAGAUGAGGAAGUAGGUGAAAGCGAGGGAGACGAAAGUGAUCAAGGCAAAGGGAAGAGAAGGAGGGUAUAGAUCUGGUUUCGAUCUUUUGCUUAUUUUGUGUUUUCUAUGUGUAUUUUCUGAGUUGAUUCGAUGGUUUUCGUGUUGAUUAUUUUCGAGAUUAGAUCUGCAGUUGGCUUGUAUGUGAUUUGGCUCGAAUCACUUUUUUUUUA